AUGAAGAAUUCAACUGGUAUUGAGGAUGAUUCAGCUGUCGGUGUUGAUCAAAGAUCUAUGGAUGUUGGGGUUGUUCAGGAUUUGAAUUCCAAAUUUCAAAACACCAUUACUGAUGAUAUGUGUGAAGACACUUCUUCGGUUUCCAAGCCUAUUGGAUGUGAUGCUGCAGAAUGCUCUCCUGUUAAAAGGGAUUUUGUUGAAGUUGCUAAUGAGGAUGAUGGGAGCAGAACAUCCUUGCAUUAUUGUCAUCUUUUGAAACUACUGGAAAAGGAUCUCAUCAACACAUCAAAUUCCAGAUAUAGGAGGAAGAUGUUGAUGAAAGACCGACAAUCUAAACGGCAAAAACGAAUUCAAGAUGAAAAUUGUACACCAGUUACGCAAACAUUUCGCCAUGAAGCUUCAACAAGUAGACAAUAUCAUGUCCCUAGAACUCCAUUAUCUCCUUUAAUUGUUGCUGCCAGUGGAUUAACACAUACAAAUUCCAUUGUUACAUCAUCUUAUGACACGUAUUCUUACGGUUCGAGGAAAAUACUUAGUCAUCCUACUGGUUUGACCUCAUCCACGCUUGAGCAUACAAAUGAUGCAGCCCUCGCUGAAUCGACGACAUACACUCCUGCGUCCGAAAUAUUAAACCUAUCUACAACACGUGUUACAAAACGUGUAUCUCAACCAGUCAGUGUUCUUGAAUCGAUACCUUCCUUAUCAUUCGAUUUUCAUGAAUAUCCAUCAGGCAAACCAGUGAACAUUCAAUCAAGUACAAGCAUUGAUAACGAUACAAGUUUUCUUCGCUGCGACAAAUAUGAUCAGGCUGAAACUGAAGAAAUGGUAGAUUUUGGAGAUCCAUCAUAUACGUGUUCGCAUUGUGGGGCUGAGAUGUGGUACGAGGAAAGAUCUGACAAAAGUGACAAUACCACCAUAACUAUUAGAUUUUCACUUUGUUGUUCUAAGGGAAUUGUUGAGCUUCCUUACGAAGUAAGACCUCCGGAUUUGCUAAUUAACUUGAUGAAUGGUCAAGAUCCAAGGAGCAAACAUUACAAAGAAAACAUACGAGCCUAUAACAGUAUGUUUUGUUUUACCUCCAUGGGUGGGAAAGUACAACCAAACUCGAGUGGUGGUCCUCCCCAAUUUAUUCUUAGUGGGCAGAAUUAUCACAAAAUGGGUAGCCUGAUUCCAGAUGAAGGAGCAACUCCCAAAUUUGCCCAAUUGUAUAUUUAUGACACACAAAAUGAAAUAUCUAAUAGAUAUAGUCAUUUCAGAUCCAGCGAUAAAAAUACCGGUCUAGACAGAACAUUAAUUAAGGACAUCACUAAGAUGGUGGAUGACCAUAAUGUCUUGGCCAAGUCUUUUAGAAUGGUUCGCGACCACAUACAACAAAAUAACACGUCCAAUUUCUGUUUACGACUAUUUCGAAAUAGAACAAAGGAUCCAAGAACACAUAAUUUGCCGUCGUGCGAUGAGGUAGCUGCCUUGAUUGUUGGGGAUUUUCACAACCUUGAAGCUGGUCGAGAUAUUAUUGUUAAGAAGAAUUCUGGUUAUUUGGAACACAUCAAAGAAACUCAUUGUUCGUUCCUACCUCUUCAGUAUCCGUUGUUGUUCCCAUUUGGUGAAGACCAAUAUCAUGAAAAAAUACCUUACAGAGAGUCUGUUAUCAAAGGAGGAAAAAGGAAGAGACUACGAGUUACGUUUAGAGAUUUUGUUGCAUUUCGCAUACAGGAAAGGAAAUUUGAACAUGGAAGCAUUGUGAAUGCUGGUAGAUUGUUUCAACAGUUUGUUGUCGACACUUUCUCCAUGAUUGAGUCACAAAGGUUAUGUUGGCAUCGCUUGAACCAAGAAACAAUUAGAUGUGAUAUAUUAAGAGGUUUGCAGGAAGCAGUUCACAACGGAGAGAAUCAACCAUCUGAAGUCGGAAAAUGUAUCGUCCUACCUGCAUCUUUUACCGGAGGACCGCGGUACAUGUUUAAUAACUGUCGGGAUGCAAUGGCAAUUUGCAAAAGGUUUGGGUAUCCUGAUUUGUUCAUCACCAUCACAUGCAAUGCUAAUUGGCCAGAAAUAAAGAACUUUGUUGCUGCAAGAGGCCUUACAGCCAGUGACCGUCCAGACAUAGUAUGUAGAAUCUUUAAAGGAAAACUUGAUCACAUGAUGAAUGCGUUUAAACACGAUAAAAUAUUCGGAGAAAUUGUUGCAGGGACAUAUACUAUAGAGUUCCAAAAGAGGGGUCUGCCACACGCACAUAUUUUGCUAUGGCUUGAAGCAUCAAAUUCACUGAAAACCGGAACUGACAUCGACAAGUUCAUUUCUGCAGAACUACCCGAUCGUAGUCUCUAUCCAAACCUUGCAAAUGUUGUUUCAAGUUUUAUGUUGCACGUCCCCUGUGGAAAAACCAACGUAAAUUCCCCAUGCAUGAAAGAUGGUAAAUGCUCGAAGUAUUUUCCAAAGGACUACCAGAAUUCCACUAUAAUUAGUGACGAAGGAUAUCCAAAAUACCGGCGACGAGAUAAUGGUUUGUCUGUUGAGAAAAAGGGAAUAAAAUUGGACAACAGGUAUGUAGUUCCUUACAAUCCACAGUUGUUGGAUAGAUACCAAGCACAUAUCAAUGUUGAGUAUUGCAACAAGGGAAAUGCUAUCAAGUAUUUGUUUAAGUAUGUUAAUAAAGGCCCUGACAGAGCCACUCUUGGAAUUUCAAAUCAAGAUGAAAAUGGCCGAGUUUUUGAUGAAAUAAAACAGUACUAUGAGUGUAGAUAUUUGGCUCCUUGUGAGGCUGUCUGGAGGAUUUUUGAGUAUGACAUACAUCAGAGGUGGCCUCCCGUAAUAAGGCUUUCGUUUCACCUAGAAAACGAGCAGUCUGUAAUGUUUUCAGAAAGUAGUUCGGUUGAGUCUGUCAUGAAUCGUAAUGAAGAAAUUGAUACAAUGUUUUUGGCUUGGUUUGAGGCAAAUAAAAAAUUUCCAGAUGGAAGGGACUUGACUUAUGGUGAUUAUCCUUCAAGGUUUGUUUAUGAUAAAAGUGUUAGAGCGUGGUAUCCGAGACAACGAGGUAACUCUAUCGGAAGGCUUACAUAUAUUCCUCCCGGAUGUGGUAAUGUUUUUUAUUUUAGACUCCUGUUGACUGUCCAAAAAGGGUGCACAAGUUACGAUGAUAUUAAGACGGUUGCUGGAACAACUCACAAAACCUUUAAGGAAGCAUGUGUUGCACUUGGAUUGUUGCAAAACGACAAGGAAUUUGUGGAUGCCAUUGUUGAAUCCAAUCAUUUAGCCUCUGGUGAUCAGAUGAGGAGAUUGUUUGUUAUGUUGUUGUUUAUGGAUUCAAUGACAAAUCCCUUUGUCGUUUGGGAAGCAACAUGGAAACUUCUCUCCGAUGGAAUUUUGUAUGACGCAAGGAAGAGGCUAAAUAACCCAGGUCUUGAAAUUAGCGAUGAGGAGUUGAAAAAUCUUUGUUUGAUUGAGUUUGAAAGAUUGUUAUCCAUGAAUGGCAAGUCUCUUUCUAAUAUUGAGUCGAUGCCGCAACCUUCAAAUUCAGACAUGGCUCAGUUUAGAAAUAGUUUAAUGGCUGGUGAAUUAAACUAUGAUAAAGAGGAGAUGAUUUCAACCCACGUGUCAUUGAUGAAAACACUGACUGCUGAACAGAGGUCGAUUUAUGAUCAAAUAAUUAAUUCAGUGCUAACGAAUUCGGGAGGUUUUUACUUCUUGCAUGGGUAUGGAGGCACCGGUAAGACAUUUAUUUGGAAAACUGUCUCAGCUGCUCUUAGAUCACAAGGAUUAAUUGUCUUAAAUGUUGCAUCGAGUGGGAUUGCAUCUUUACUGUUACCUGGAGGAAAGACAGCUCAUUCUAUGUUUGGAAUUCCGUUAGUUACAAAUGAAACAUCUGCUUGCAACAUCAAAAAACGCACUGAUAGAUGUGAUCUUAUCUUGAAUUCCAAGCUUAUUAUAUGGGAUGAAGCUCCAAUGUUAAAUAGAUUUUGUGCUGAAGCUGUCGAUCGUUCUUUGAGAGACAUAAUGAGGACUAUAGACGACUCUAACCAAUAUAAGCCAUUUGGUGGUAAAGUGGUUGUUUUUGGUGGAGAUUUCAGGCAGAUCUUACCUGUUGUUAGAAAGGGUUGUAGGCAUGACAUCGUGUCAGCUUCGAUAAACUCUUCUGAUUUAUGGAACUUCUGCAAGGUAUUGACUCUGUCAAAGAACAUGCGGUUGUCAACUCCUAGCUCCAAUGAAGUUUCUAAAGAAGUUAAAGAAUUUUCAGAUUGGAUGCUUGAUAUUGGAAAUGGUAGACAGUCCUCGAAUGAGUCCGGAGAGAGCACACUUCAUAUUCCUGAAGAUUUAUUGGUCACUGAUUCUCAUAAUCCUCUUUUGUGUCUGGUUGAAUUAACGUAUCCACUUCUUUUGCAGAACAUGAACAAUUUGAAAUACUAUGAAGAAAGGGCAUUACUAUCUCCGACUCAUGAUUCCGUAGAUAUUGUUAAUGAAUUUGUUUUAUCCUUAAUUCCAGGUGAUGAAAAGGAAUAUUUGAGUGCUGACUCGACGGUUCUUUCAGAUGAAAAUUGUGCAGUUCGUGCAGAAUGGUUCACACCCGAAUUCUUGAAUGAAAUGAAAUGUUCAGGAAUGCCAAACCAUCGGUUAAGGCUGAAGAUUGGAGUCCCGGUUAUGCUUUUAAGAAACAUAGACCAAUCCAAUGGCCUCUGCAAUGGGACAAGGUUGCUCAUAAAUGAACUUUGCCCAAAUAUUAUUGGUGCCACUGUCAUUACAGGAAAAAAUAUUGGUGAUAAGAUUUACAUUCCGAGGAUGAAUUUGAUUCCCUCUGAUCCAAGUUUUCCAUUUAAGUUUCAAAGGAGACAAUUUCCAAUUGCGUUGUGUUUUGCAAUGACCAUAAAUAAAAGCCAAGGUCAGUCUCUUUCUCAGGUCGGUUUGUAUUUACAACGCCCUGUAUUCACUCAUGGUCAAUUCUAUGUGGCUAUUUCAAGGGUGAAGUCUAGAAAAGGAUUGAAGAUUCUUAUUUUAGAUGAUGAAGGAAAUCCGUGUGCGGACACUACAAAUGUUGUUUAUGGCGAGAUUUUCGACAAUUUGUAA